CCCAAGGUUCCUUCUGCCGCUGCCUUUGGUUCGGAAAUCCCGCCUCCUCACCACCAAGCCAGCAGGGACAGGCCCUGCCCCCGCCCACCUACUCCCUAUCCUCACCCAGAAGUGGACCCGUCGAGCGGAGGCAUCCAUUUCUCAUGUCAGAACAAUGUCAGAACAACCAACUACCCACCAAGGAGGCUGUUCCACCCCCUAAGAUAUGGAUCCAUCAUUCCCAGAGCCCCACACCACCAGCCAAGAGUUGGACCCCACAGGUUUAUAUUUCAACCCUGUUGGCCAAGAUUAUUUCUCUGCUGGUUACGUGUACGACUCUCUGUACCAAGAACUGGACCUGGAUUCUCUUCAUGAAGAUCUUUCCCAUUCCAUGCCAGGCACUAUGACAGUGACCUCAGCAAACACACAUGAAUCCCACCUGACUGCUGAACCAGAGGAUCUCAGAGAGGCUGAACGAAAGGAGCUCAAAUCCGAGCUCACUAAAGUGGAAGAGGAAAUUAUAACGCUAUGCCACGCUCUGGCAGCCAAAGAAAGAUGUUGUAUGGAGCUUAAGAGGAAGCUGGGUCUCAUAGCCUUGGUGGGGCUAAGGCAGAAUCUGUCCAAAGGCUGGCACGAUGUUCAAGUCUCCAGUGUUUACAUGAAACAAAAGACAUCAGCUGCCCUGUCUACCAUGGGUUCUGCCAUUUACGGGAAGCUUGGAGACAUGAAGAAGUCAUCUACGUUCAGAUCAUUUGAAGGUCUGAUGGGGGCAAUCAAAUCCAGAGUUGCAGGUGACAGAAAGUUUAGCAGUAACUGCCUUCCUUCUUCAACUGGGGGUGGAAAUGAUUUGCUCCUAGCUUCAGGGAGUAGGGACGAUCCACUUCCACUUUCCAGGAGUGGGAAUGAUCCAGUUCAGUGAAGUAGAGUCAAUCCGGUUCUGAAGAGUAGAGAUGAUCUGGUUGCAAGCAGUGGGUAUGACCUGCUGCCCUUUUCUGGAGCCGGAAUGAACUCCUUGGUUACCUUGCCUGGCCACCUAACUACUGCAAGAACUCCUUUUCCUCAUCACAAUUGCGACUCUGCCUAUCAAAAACAACUAAACCACAAUGUUAAAGUUAAUUCAGGAAAUGGACAGAGGCCAGUUUUGAGAACAAUUAUUCCCAUUUGUAUAUAUGUAUUUGCUGUUGUUGAGAUAGAGACCCCCAACAUUCUGUACCCAGUUAUUUUACACUAAAGUUAGUAGAUGAAAUGUAUUGCUGUACUAGCCUUCUGGAGUU